CCCGGUGCGCGGGCGCGGGGUCCAGGCUCCUCCUCCGCUGCCGCGCCGGGGAUGCUGCGGCCGGGCCGGCUCCGGGAGCCCCGCGGAGCCCCGCGCCGCGCCGAGGAGCCAGCGGCCACCCGAGGCUCGCCGCUCCCGGCCGCUCCGCGGGCUCUGCUAUGAUCUGGCGGCGCCGGGAGCAGCAUGGGCAGCGUCAGCAGCCUCAUCUCCGGCCACAGCUUCCACAGCAAGCACUGCCGCGCCUCGCAGUACAAGCUCCGCAAGUCCUCGCACCUGAAAAAGCUCAACCGCUACUCGGACGGGCUGCUCCGCUUCGGCUUCUCGCAGGACUCCGGCCACAAGUCCGGCUCCAAGAGCAGCAAGAAUGAGGAUUUCUUUUACAUCAAGGUCAGCCAGAAGGCGCACGGCUCGCAGCGGCCGGACUACACCGCCCUGGGCGGUGGGGAGCUGGCUGUGCCCGCCGGGACCAGCGGGCUGGACUUCGGGACGCCCACGCCACAGAAGCUGAUGCCCUUCCCCAGCCAGCUGGAAGUGGGUGGGGACAAGCCGCUGCCUCGUCCCACGGCCUUCAAGCCGGUGCUGCCGCGCUCCGGGGCCAUCCUGCACUCGUCCCCCGAGAGCGGGGGGCCCCUGGGCCAGCAGCUGCACCCCCCGGAGAAGGGCAAGGAGCAGGAGCUGCGGCCGCUGCCGUGCUCGGGGGGCCUGUCCGACUCCGGCCGCAACUCCAUGUCCAGCCUGCCCACGCACAGCACCAGCAGCAGCUACCAGCUGGAGCCCCUGGUCACCCCCAUGGGCCCCAUCAGCCGCUUCGGGGGCUCUGCCCACAACAUCCUGCAGUGUGCCAUCAUCCAGGACAGCAACAUGAUGAGCCUCAAGGCCAUGUCCUUCUCCGACGGCGGCAACAAGAUCCUGAACCCCGGCAAGGCCCCCCAGCACCGCGCCGCCGCCGAGAAGAGCGUCUGCGUGCGCUCGCCCAUCGCCACGGAUGAAUCCACCAUCCAGGAGCUGGAGCAGAAGCUGCUGGAGAGGGAGGGCGAGCUGCAGGAGCUGCAGUCGAGCUUCGAGGAGAAGGAAAUCAGCUCCUGCCAGGCCUACGAGGAGAAGCAGCGGCGCUGCAAGGAGGAGCUGGAGGGGCUGAAGCAGAAAUGCAACAGCAAACUCAAGCAAACCUCACAGAAAACGCAGCGGACGCAGCAGGUGCUGCACCUGCAGGUGUUCCAGCUGCAGCAGGAGAAGCAGCAGCUGCGGGAGGAGCUGGAGAAACUCAUGAAGGAGCAGAACCUGCUGGAGACCAAGCUGAGGUCCUACGAGAAGGAGAAGACCAGCUUUGCCCCGGCGCUGGAGGAGACGCAGUGGGAGGUGUGCCAGAAAUCCGGGGAGAUCUCGCUGCUGAAGCAGCAGCUGAAGGAGUCGCAGACCGAGCUCACCACCAAGACCACGGAGAUCCUGAGCCUGAAGGCGCAGCUGAAGGAGGUGAGGCUGAAGAUGGAGGGGCUGGAGAUGAAGAGCCAGGAGCUGGAGGUGUCGCUGCGCACCAAGGCCAUGGAGCUGGAGGUGUGCGAGAACGAGCUGCAGCGCAAGAAGAACGAGUCGGAGCUGCUGCGGGAGAAGGUGAACCUGCUGGAGCAGGAGAUCCUGGAGCUGCGCUCCGAGCUGGCCGCGCUCCGUGAGCAGCUCAGCGAGGCCCGCGAGGGGCCCCGGCCAGGCGGGGACGAUGCCCAGGCCCUGCAGGGGCAGCUGGAGAGGCUGCGGGCCGAGCUGAAGGCGGAACGCGACAACAACGAGCAGAUGAGCUGCAGCUUCCAGCACGAGCGGCAGACGUGGAAGGAGGAGAAGGAGAAGGUGAUCCACUACCAGAAGCAGCUGCAGCAGAGCUACCUGCACAUGUACAAGAGGAAUCAGAGCCUGGAGAAGAUGCUGCAGCAGCUGGCGGCGGGCGAGGACGGCAAGGAGCCCAUCGAGCUGGAGAUCCCCGGCGCCGACGUCCCCUACGAGGACAUCAUCGCCACCGAGAUCUGAGCUGCUGUCCCCUCCCGAGCCGCUCGGCCCCGCCCCGCAGCCGAGCUGAGCCGUGUCCCCCCUGUCCCUCCGUCGUGUUCCAGAGGUGACCAAGCCACUCGUGCCAAUGGUGACGUGCCCGCAGCUCCCCCGCCCCGGCACCGCCCCGGCACUGCCCCCUCUGCCCCCGGGCAGGGAUCAGGACUCCAGGGAAUUCUCUGCCAUCCGUGCCCAGCGCCCAGGGGAUGCUCUGCUCCAGGCUUGGGGAACCCGGCUUGGCCCCGCUCCGGGGGUGGCACAGCUCCAGGGAUGGCACAGAUCCGAGGAUGGCACAGCUCCGAGGAUGGCACAGCACAGUCCUGCCCGCUGAUGGUGGCAGGAAUCAGCCCCAAUGUGUGCCCAGCUCCAGGGGUGGCACAGCUCCAAGGAUGGCACAGCACAGUCCUGCCCGCUGAUGGUGGCAGGAAUCAGCCCAGUGUGUGCCCAGUUCCAAGGAUGGCACAGCACAGUCCUGCCCGCGAUGGUGGCAGGAAUCAGCCCCAGUUUCCUGGAGGAAGCUCCCACUCCUCCUCACCCUCCGUCAGUGCCGAUCCCAGGGCGCUGUGGGAGCACAGAACCACCUCCUGCCCUGCCAGCCCUGAGGGCCUCAGGAAGGUCCCCACCUGCUCACACCCCCCUGGUACAGCCCCACUCCAUGAAAUCACCCCAAAAUCACCCUGAAAUCACCCUGAAAUCCCUGUUUAGCCCAAGCACAGCCCCCCCUGCACCGCACCCACAGCCCUCCCUCUGCCCGGCAUUCCCAGCUCCCACGGACAAGGACUCUGUCCCUUCUCCCGGCUGCCAGUCAGCAGCUGCAUCCAAGGAUUCACAGGAAUGUCCCAGCCAUGGCCUGACCAAGGAAUGGGGUUUGUGUUCACCCCUGCACUCACCAGGGCUGUCCCUCCUGGGAGCCCUGGCUGCCUUAUCUCCUCCUGUGCCCUGAUCCCGUGGGAUCCGGCCAAGGGGAGCUGGUUAAACACCCCAAACCAAACACUUCCACCUUAAUUUCUACCCCAGCUCUUAAAAAUUCCUCCUGCCACCAGCGAGUGGCUCCACAGAUAAUGAGGUGGUGCUGCUGGUGACCCUCGUGUCCCCCUAACUGGGGAGGGAACCAGCAGGACCCAGUUUGUGGGGUGGGGGCUCCAGGAGACCCUUCUGUGCCAGUGCAAUGAUAUUUUUGCUGCAAUUAUUUACCCACUGCCCCAUCCCAGGGCUCUUGGGCGGGGUUCUUGCACAAUCCCAACGUUGCCAAUUUGGCCAUGGGCUCCUAGCUGUGCAAAAUUCCGCAUCCCUCGUGCCACUCCAGCCUGGAAAGGUGACACACAGGAACCAACCAGUCUGUGCCUUCUGCGCCCGGCCCUGAGCACACCAAACCACUGCCCCAGCUCUCCUGGCUGGGUCUGGCACUGCCCAGCCACUCCUGGCACUGCCCAGUCAGUCCUGGCACUGCCCAGCUGGGUCUGGCACUGCCUGGCCACUCCUGGCACUGCCCAGUUGGGUCUGGCACUGUCCAGCUGGUCCUGGCACUGCCCAUCCAGUCUUGGCACUGCCCAGCUGGGUCUGGCACUGUCCAGCUGGUCCUGGCACUGCCCAUCCAGUCCUGGCACUGCCCAGCUGGUCCUGACACUGCCCAGCCAUACCUGGCACUGCUCAGCCACUCCUGGUACUUCCCAGCCUGUCCUGGCACUGCCUAGUCAGGUCUGGCACUGCCCAGCCAGUCCCAGCUCUGCCCAGCUGGGCCUGGCACUGCCUGGCCACGCCUGGCACUGCCCAGGUGGUCCUGACUCUGCCCAGCCUGGCUUGGUACUGCCCAGUCUGUCCUGGCACCGCCCAGCUGGGUCUGGCACUGCCCAGCCCAUCCUGGCACCGGCACAAGCGAUGCUCACCCCCAGCACGCUGGAAAAGCCAACCUCAGGCUCCUGCGGGUGCCCCCGGGGCCAGCCCCUGCCCAGCCCCUGCCCAGUCCCUGCCCAGCACCAACCCAGUCCCUU